AUAACGAUUUCCUUUUUUUCUCCGUUCGCUGUGUAUAAUUAGAACACCAGCUUCGGUCAUGUGAGGCUUGGAUGUUUUGCUCAGUUAUUUUCGUAAAGGAGAAAUUGAAAGAAGAAUGAGUGCGCUUUUGUUAAAACUCUCGUGUUCUCAGGCCACCCAUGCGUGCCAACGAACUUCUUUUGAAGAGUAAUCACUUUAUUCUGCCUGGUUUCAAACACGGUUUGCCAGUUUGCAAACAGCGACGUAGUAGCAGAGGUGAUGGCAGACAAUGAGGAUGAAUGGCUUUCUCUUCAGCCCCAAGAGCCCCUGCCCUCCCAGUGUUGUGGUAGUGGAUGUAAACCAUGUGUAUUUGAUAUUUAUGAGCGGGAACUCAACCAAUGGAAACAGGCAAAAGCAAAAGGAGAUCAAAGUUUUUUGAGUCAGAGCUCUGAGCCAACUCAAAAUGACUUGCAGUUAAUUGGACGUGAGAAAUGGAGUGUUUUUCAGAUAGAGUCUGUGGAGCAGCAGACAGCUGAUGCUUAUCUGUACAGAUUCCAACUGCCCAGUGGUUGCUGUCUUGGGUUAACUGUAGGACAGCACAUUGUAGCCAGGGGAAUUAUCAAUGGUAUGGAAGUUCAGAGAGCGUACACUCCAGUGAACCCUGUGGAUGCAGAAGGUUACUUCGAGGUUCUCAUAAAGAUUUAUGAAGACGGAUUAAUGUCUCAGUAUGUGAAAACUUGGAAGGAGUUUGAUAGUGUGUGCUGGCGGGGCCCUUUUGGAGGUUUCCCAUACAAAUCAAAUCAGUAUGAGCAGCUGCUGCUAUUUGCCUCAGGGACUGGUAUAGCUCCGAUGAUAUCUUUGAUCCAAUAUAUUGUAGCAAAUGAAGAAGAUGAAACUUUUGUCACCUUGGUGGGCUGCUUCAGGACUUUCCAAGAUAUCUAUAUGAAGCCUCGACUUCAGGAACUGGCAGCUUAUUGGAAUGUAAAAAUAUUGUUUGUUCUCAGUCAGGAGCAUGAUCUGGAAACUCUUCCCUGGAGUUAUCGAGAAAAAUCUUACUAUGGACGUGUAAACGAAGAUAUGGUAAAGGACUUUGUUAAUUUAUGCAGACGAAAACCAUUUGUCGUGGUUUGUGGCGCCAUAGGUUUUAACAAAGACAUCCUCAACUACCUCAAUCGUAUGGGCAUCACAGAAGAUUUGCAGUUUAUGUUUUAGACAAUUAG